AUGGCAACCAACUAUCGGCAAGAUAUGCCACCUGUAGGUGGAUAUAGCAAAUUUAAUUGGUCGCGAACCUUUCCAAAAGUUUUUUGGAGAGCUGAAAAGCUAUUGGGUGUUGUUAUUUUCUUAUUUGGAUAUGGUCUUUUCCAGGCUCGAGCUCUUAAACGUGCCAUCCUUACGGAAAGAUUUGAAGAUAAGGAUUUAUACGUUGCGAUGACGCCAUUUUUAUACGCUGAACGAGAUCGAAGAUGGCUGAAACUUCUGAAGCAAAAUCGCGAUUACGAAAUGAAAUUGGCGGAAAUUAGUGAUGAUAAAGCAUGGAGAGUUGGAACCUGGUAUGGCGAACCUGUGUAUUUCACAUUACAAGAUCGAUGGUGGGAUCCAACACCUCAUGAGGCUUAUGCCCAUUCUCCGAUGAAGAAUAUCUACGACGACUUUGAGUUUAUUCAUCGUGCAGAUCAUGUUUAA